GCGCCACCGUUUUUCCACGUCUCUGCUGCUGGAUUCCCCAAUCUCCUUACGUCUCCUCUCCUCCUACCAAUUCCAUAUAAAUUGCUCUCGUCCGCGCGCGUGAUCCAUGGCCUACUCUCCGUCUCCGGAAAAUGUUAAGAUCUGCAGGAAAACUCAGUUUCACGAAAUCCGCCGCCAUCGUCUCACUCCUAUCCCUCCUCGGGAUCGCCUUGACGCUCGAUGUUCUCUGGACCUCCUCAUCCUCUUCCUCUUCCUCUUCCUCCUCCUAUUUAUCCAAGACAAACGGCGUUGUCCUUCUUCCACAAGAUGCAGCAAGUGAAGGCGUCGUAGAAGAGUCGGUAGAGGACAAAUUGCAACAGAGUCGCGGUCCAGAACGGAAUCUUUCAGAUACAUUUGCAGAUUUGCCUGCCCCAGAAUUGAAAUGGGAGAAGAUGCCAACGGCGCCAGUUCCACGUUUGGAUGGUUACUCAGUUCAGAUUAAAAAUCUUCUCUACGUGUUUUCAGGAUUUGGAACCCUCGACUAUGUGCACUCUCAUGUGGACAUCUUCAAUUUUACGGAUAACACCUGGUGCGACAGAUUUGACACGCCAAAAGACAUGGCAAAUUCUCAUUUGGGGGUAGCAUCUGAUGGAAGAUAUGUAUACAUUAUAUCAGGGCAGUAUGGUCCCCAGUGCAGGGAACCUACGUCUCGUUCGUACGUGCUGGACACUGAGACUAAAAAGUGGGAACCUUUUCCACCAUUGCCAGCCCCUAGUGAAGCAUGUAAGAAUGCACCACUCAACAAUGAUUUCAGGUAUGCUCCAGCAACACAGCUUUGGAGAGGAAGACUCCAUGUAAUGGGUGGUAGCAAAGAGAAUCGCCACACACCUGGAGUGGAUCAUUGGAGUAUUGCAGUGGAGGAUGGGAAACCACUCGAGAAGGAGUGGAGGAAGGAAGUGCCGAUACCCCGAGGGGGGCCUCAUAGGGCUUGUGUCGCAGUGGGCAACAAGCUUUAUGUUAUUGGCGGCCAAGAGGGUGAUUUUAUGGCAAAACCAGGGUCGCCCAUCUUCAAAUGCUCGAGGAGACAUGAGGUGGUUUAUGGGGAUGUUUAUGUGCUUGAUAGUAAGAUGAAGUGGAGAGUGCUACCUUCAAUGCCCAAACCAGACUCCCAUAUAGAAUGUUCUUGGAUUUUGGUGAACAACUCCAUAAUUAUUGAGGGAGGCACCACUGAGAAGCACCCUGAGACUAAAAGGAUGAUCCUAGUGGGGGAGGUCUUUCAAUUUAAUCUUGACACAAUGAAAUGGUCAGUCAUUGGAAAGAUGCCAUAUCGUAUAAAGACAACAUUGGCUGGUUUUUGGGAUGGCUGGAUGUAUUUCACAUCGGGGCAGAGAGAUAGAGGACCUGAUAAUCCACAACCUAGGAAAGUCGUGGGAGAAAUGUGGAGAACCAAGUUGCAAACUCUCAAUUGACUGUUGUAAGUAUGUACAAAAAAAAAAAACAACAAAGAGUUCUGCUAUGUUACCUUACCUUACCUAA